GCGGAAGUUAUGACCUCUUUUAGACUGUGAAUGGUAACUUUCUUAUGAGAGGAUAAGAGGGAAGAAGUAUUUGUAUUUUGGACAACUUAUCUUUAGUGACUGAAGUGUAUAGUAGAAUGGAAGCUCUGCUUUGAAGAUCUUUCAGUGAGAUCUUCUGAUGACCUUGAGUCAGAGACCCUUCAGUGAGGUCCUCUGAUGAUCUUGGAUCAGAGACCCUUCAGUGAGGUCCUCUGAUGACCUCGAGUCAGAGACCCUUAAGUGAGGUUAUCUGAUGAUUUUGGAUCAGAGAAAAUAGAUUGACACAAGAUGUAUCCUGGUUCAGAGGUGGUGUAAUCCUCCUACAUCCAGUCUCAUCCUCUUUCAGAUGGAUUUCCACUAAAGUAUUCAGCCCAAUACAAUUAGUGACCGUCUGGCUGUUAUCACCAACUUGCUCAGACUUCAAGGUGUUUCACUAAGAGUACACACCACUCCAAGCUACUCAAUCCUUUAGGUUUUUCUCAAUUGAUCCAGUGGGGAUCAAAAGGUACUCUAUCCUAUUCUACCACACUUAAGGACUUAGACGACGCUAUCCUUAGAAGUGUUUACAACAGUUUCAAUAUGAAACAAAUUUCUAGCUUCCAACUAAAAACUAAACUUUCUGAGUUUAUCAAUGAGGAUUUCUGUUCUAGAGAGUUUAGUGAAGCAUGAGUCUAAGCAGAGAGUAGAAUUUAAUGAACACUUUCUCUUUUGCUAGAUAUCUUCUUUGUGUAGUAUGAUUUCUCUGCUUAGUGAACUCAGGAGCUCGUUUUUCUUCUCAUGCUUAUGCCCGAAUUUAUAGGCAUCUCUGGUUGAUUAAUCUCCUCCGUUGGUUGAGAGGAUUUAAUCUUUGUCGUUGAGGCUUCUUGUACUUUCGUCUUCUUUUGUUGGAGCAGCUUAUCUUCAGGCGCAAUUGGAUCAACUUGCUUCGCAGGAAAUGUAAACCCAUUCCUUUGGUCUUUUACGCACUAUUCACCAUCUAGUGGGUUUUUGUCUUCUCAUGCAACUCUGCGUGUUGUAGUGUCCCAUGCUUUUGUAGAUGCUCUGGCCUUAGGUAAAUAUUGUGAGUUUGUGACCUUGGUCUUUCUUUAACAAAUAAAUUUAACUGGUAGGAAAAGAAUCCUUUUUAAGGUAAUUGAAAUUACCUUAUUGCAUUUUAUAUUUCCAGUCAAUUUUAUGUGUUUCCGAAAGUGUACAGGUAAGAUUGGUCACAAUUGUACUAGUGACAAGAAUAAUUUUAUAACAAGUAAAAACAUACUGGAUGGAUUUGAAUAUCCUUGAAAGGUAGAAUUUUACCUUAUUGCAUUUUAAAAUUUCCAGUAUAUUUAUUUGUUAUAAAAUUUGUACAAUGUUAAAUUUGGUCACUUUUACAAAGUAUUCUUAUCUAAGCAAUUUGAGAGCAUACUACUGUUUGAGUAUACAAUUUUCACAAUAGAAUCUAAACACAAGAGAAGGAUGGCAUCAUCAAAACUAUUUCUUAUAAGAGUAGGUUACAUCAAAGUCUGAGGGACCUAACAGAAUGUGUCCUAGAACAAAUUAGAUCUCUCUUAAUUCAAUCUACAUGCAAUUGUAAUUCUAGUCGCGAUUCUAGGUUACAAAAGAUAUCAGUUAAAUUAUUCAAACCCAAAUUAAAUGACAUUCAUGCAAUUUAACCGAAAAGAAUCUUCAAUCAUGAUUAACUCCUUCAUCAACACCAAAUCCCUAAUUAAACUACUCACGCCUCAUAAUUUACGAAUCAACAUAAUUGGGAUGAAUAGAAUAAAUUGUCAUUAAUUAAAAGAAUUGAACUUACAAAGAAUCUCAGGUUCUCGAAGUAAACAACGUAAAAACGCAGGUAAAAUUCGUCCUAGGCCUCUCCACAAAGUUCGUAACCCUCAAAAAGGAGUAUGGAGGCCUUAUUUAUAGAAAACAGGAGAAUUUGAGCUGAAAUAGGACAAAACGGGGCCAGGCACGACGCCAGGCACGAUCGUGCCUGGGACUGUGCCUGCGGAGAAUGCGCGCGUCUCGUUUGCAGGCACGAUCAUGCCUGGCUGGUAGAAUGUUUGCGUGCCUUCCUUAAUGCAGGCACGAUCGUGCCUGACCUUUUCUUCAUCUUUUUUCGUGGUUUCUUGCUCCAAAUGCUCCCGGAUGCUUACGAGGUCGAUCCAAGUGUUCUUUCUUCAUCAGAAUUUCGUCGUGAAUCUCUCGGUGACCUCCAAAUCUCUCAAAUCUUUCUUGAAUGCCUUCAAAUCCAUCCCGAAUGCCUCUCAAGCGCCAAUUGCCGGACUCUAACUUCUUCAAUUCAACUCCAAUUGCAACGAAACUCGAUCCAACACCUGAUAAUCACAACUUGGGCUAAAAUUGAGACUUGCAACGUCUUAAAUCUAGGAAAAACCAUCAAAAUCCGACUCCAACACGCAUCAAAUGCGUGUCUAAUUACGGACUUAUCAUCGCUCUUGAAAAAACGUUAUAGCAAAUCCAUUAAGACCAUCGAGUCUUAAUCUUAUGUGUGCUUUACAGCCAACCCGAUUUGAUACACGACGACGCCUCUAUUUUUUUUCUUUCUCCGGAAUAGGAUGGGAAGGUUCUGGUUGCUCUGGCAAAAUGUGAGCCUCUACGUCAUUAUGUGAGCAUUCUGGCUGUUCAUUACUAACAUCGCUAAACAGAGGAGCAUGAUUGGCUUCUACCGGAUUGGGUUUAGCAGGAUUUUUGAAACCCGCUCUAUUGCACACAACAUAUUUCCACACAACAGUACGUGUCCGUCCUAGGCCGGCGGCCCUUAGUUUGAGAACCAAUACGAGAGUCGAAGCCACAAACACUGCCUAUAAAACUCAAUACCGUCCUCAAGGGUUUUGAAUACCAUGCCAAGCCUUGGUUGGAAUGUUUCAUCACAUUCAGGGAUCCAAUGCUUAGUUAACCCAGGAGAUAUUUGUAAAGCUUCUACACGAGUAAAAAAAGAAACAUAAACAUUGAAAGUUUUUCAAAGAAAAUAAAAACACGGACAUAACAAAAAAUACAUCUAGUGCUAAACGAUGAAACUUGACGAUGAAACUUAGUUAACACAGGUAAGGAAAAAUAUGCACAAAAACAAUGGAGCUUCACACAAAAAAGUAUUGGAGAUAGUAAGGAAAACGAAACGAAAAGGAAGAUAAAAAGAAAAAUACGCACAAAACUCAAAAGCAGGUGAAGAAAAAUGAAUCUUUAUCCAUUAAUAGAGCUUCGGUGUUUUUGGGGAGGAAGAGAUAGUCAGGACGUCGAGUAAUGAGGGUUUUCUCGCACUUAAAAUGGUUGUAGAAAAGUGGUUGAAAGUACGAGUAUCGUCUCCACAGGGACGGACAAAAGGGAAUUAAAGAUUAACUAAAUUCAGCGAUUAAAAAGAAAUAAAUAGAAUAAAAUGCAAUGGUGCGAGAUUGGUUGAUUGAGUAAAAUAAAACUAACGCUAAUGAGCAAGUAAAAAGAUUGGGUUUUUCCUUAAUUAACGACGAAGGGAACCUGAAUUGAUUCCGGGGUUAACCAAAUUUCUGGCAGAACAGGCUUAAUUACAUGAAUUUAAUUUAAUUGAGCCUAGCUAAUCAUUACUAAAUUCUUACCGCUCUCGCGGCGUAGAGUACAAUAAUUUAGGAGACCAGGCUGAUCUCUCAUGCGACAGGAUCCUAAAUUAUUGCCAAGACGAGCGAGCUUACGGCCCCUUAAUCGCUACUAAUCUCUUAGCGAACGAUUAAGGAGGCGUUUACUUCGCUGCUAAAGUCACAGUUAGGUUAGUAAGACAGGUGAAGUAAACACGCACGCUGCUUAAAAAGCCGCUUACUAACCGAAAUAGGUGCUUAAAGUGCCGCUUACUAAGCCUACCACACCCCCAUGUAUUAAUUAAGCGGCACUUUAAGCUUUUUCAGUUUCCGAAUUUACCCCUUGCCCUUACCCUAUUGUUACCCCUGACCCACCUACCUACCGACC